AUGGAAUCGGCCAGCAACAACUAUGCUCCUCCUCUCUGUGUAAAAGGCUGUGGUUUCUUUGGGCAUUGGGAAACCAGAAAUAUGUGCUCGACGUGCCAUAAGGGGUGUGUGAAAGAAGAAGAGCUUCUUGCUAAGCUUACUGCACCGCCGGCCGCGGUGGUUUCAGUGGAGAAAACCCCAGAUGUCGCUGUCUCUGUUAGCGACUCAUCGUCAACUACUUUAACUAGUGAUCAGCCAAGUGGCGUGACAAAGAAAAUGAACUGUUGCCAGAGGGAGAACUGCAAGAAGAGAAUUUCACCGGCAGAAUCGAUAUCUCUAAAAUGCCGCUGUGGUGGAGUGUUCUGUGUGAAGCAUAGGUAUCCUGAAGACCACUCAUGCAGUUUCAAUUACAAGGAGAUGGGGAAAGAUGAUUUGGCCAAGAAAAAUCAAGUUUGCAUCGCUGACAAGUUAGGGCAUAGGCUUUAG